UUACUCGUCUAUGGCGUCAACUUGAUACGUUUGAGGUUCAUAACUGGAAUUGUGUUACAGAUGGUUUGUUGUAUAAAAAGAUUGUCGAAGGGAAACGUGUGUUUAAAUUUUUGUUAGGUUUGAACAAAAAUCUUGAUGAAAUCAGAGGAAGAAUCAUGGGAGUAAAACCUCUACCUAGCCUCAGAGAGGCAUUCUCUGAAGUGCGUCGCGAAGAAAGUCGGAAAAAUCUCAUGAUGGGAUCCCAUCAACAACUGAAUAUGGCAGAAAGCUCGGCUCUUAAGACUCAAUUCGCUCCUUUUGACAACCGUCAAAAAAUUAAAGGAGGUAGACCUUGGUGUGAUCAUUGCAGAAAGCCGGGACACUCAAGAGAAACUUGCUGGAAGAUUCAUGGAAAGCCAGUAGAUUGGAAGCCACGUCAACCACUUGAGAAAGAAGGACGAGGCAAUCAUGUGGCUACCGAUGAACAAUCGCCACAACCUGAAGCUAGCCCUUUUAAUAAGGAGCAAAUGGAGAUGCUUCAGAAACUACUGUCUCCUCUUUUGUCAGUACAGUCACAAACUGGCUCAUCUUCCAACCAGCUCAUUGGUUCCGGAACCUUGGCUCACAAAGGAUUUGGAUUCGGGGAAGACGAUUGGCAAUGCUGAGGAAUGCUCUGGACUCUACAUCCUUAAGGAGCUCCAUGAUCCACAAGAACAACCUCAAAUGGCAGUUGGUAGUAAUUCUUUUUCGGUUUCAUGUCAAAAUAACGAUAGUGCAAUUAUGUUGUGGCACUAUCGCUUAGGUCAUCCAAAUGUUAUGUAUCUCAAGCAUUUAUUUCCUUCAUUAUUUCAUAAAAAUCCAAAAUCCUUUGAGUGCGAAAUCUGUCAAUUAUCAAAGCAAGUCCGGUCUCAUUUUCCCAUUCAACCCUAUAAAGAGUCUAGUCCAUUCUCAAUGAUUCAUAGCGAUAUCUGGGGUCCGUCAAGAAUAAAAGAUGUAACUGGUACUAGGUGGUUUGUCUCAUUCAUAGAUGAUCACACUAGAUUAACUUGGGUAUUCCUCAUGAAAGAAAAAUCUGAAACGAGUCAAAUUUUCAAAAAUUUUAAAAAUAUGAUUCAGACCCAAUUCCAGUCAAAAAUACAAAUUCUAAAGUCUGAUAAUGCUAGGGAUUAUUUCAACUCCAUUCUAGGAGAAUUUCUAGCACAAGAAGGGAUAGUUCACUUAAGUUCAUGUGUUGAUACCCCACAACAAAACGGAAUCGCUGAAAGGAAAAAUAGGCAUUUGUUAGAGGUGGCUAGAUCACUAAUGUUCUCCAUGAAUGUUCCAAAAUUAUUCUGGGGGCAAGCUGUCCUUACGGCAGCCUACCUCAUCAAUAGGAUGCCGUCUAGGGUACUAAAAUUCCAAACACCUUGUCAAACACUCCUAAAAUCCUUUCCGACUACUCGUCUCAUCUCCACCGUCCCACCCAAAAUUUUCGGGUGCUCUGUUUUUGUU